ACCCCGCACCUACAUUAUGUGAUAUCAGUCCACUCCUUUCCCUCUUCUCAACAACCACCAUAAGUUACCCACCUAAAUCUUUGACCAUCCACCUCCAUUUUUGCUCUUUAAAGUCAUCUGAUCGCCAUCUUCACAGAUCGCCAUUACAGAUCUACUCCAUAUCUGUAUUCUUUGUGCGAUCUCCUAUGGGUAAAGCAUUUACUUUGAAAGAGGUUGCUGAGCACAACGAUCCCAAAGAUUGCUGGCUCAUAAUCCAUGGCAAGGUGUUUGAUGUGACGAAGUUCUUGGAGGAUCAUCCUGGUGGAGAUGAUGUUUUGUUGUCAGCUACAGGAAAGGAUGCAACCGAUGAUUUCGAAGAUGUGGGCCACAGCACGACUGCUAAAUCGAUGAUGGAUGAAUUCUAUGUCGGGGAUAUCGAUACAGCAACGAUCCCCAGCAAGGUUGAGUACACAGCUCCAAAGCAGGCUCACUACAACCAAGACAAGACGACCGAGUUCAUCAUUAAGAUUCUGCAAUUCUUGGUUCCAUUGCUCAUCUUGGGUGUCGCUGUCGGGAUCCGGUUCUAUACCAGAUCGGCAGCUUAAGAUCCUGAUUCGGGUGGUUCAGAUCUCUUUCCUUUUUAAGUCUGUUGUUAAGUUAUUUGAGUUAUUUGAGUUCUUGUUUCCUGCAUCUUGAAACAAGUCUAUUGUUAUAAGAGUAUGGCUGGUUUUAGUGACUUUAACAUCGGUUCGUCUGAACGUGUAGACAAGUCUAUAGGUCAUU